UGAUAAAGUCAUACGAGUCGUUCCUGAGAGCGAGAGGGAAACGCAGAUCCUGAAGGCUGCAUUUAACAGGCUUGAGGUGGACCUGUGGCAGCCCAGCAGCCCCUUCCACAUCGUCGAAGGUACGGUCACCGACGUGCGAGUACCACAGAACACAUCCCGAAGUCUGCUGCCCUACCUCCAGCAAGCAAACAUCCAGUACACGAUUCUCAUAUCAGACCUACAGAAAGCAAUAGAAAACCAAACUGGACUGAGGUCAUAUAGGAAUCGAAGGUCCCUUUCUGGAUAUAACUAUGAAGUAUAUCACUCCCUGGAAGAAAUCCAGGGUUGGAUGCAUCAUCUGAAUAAAACUCGUUCAGAUCUUGUUCACAUGUUCUCUGUUGGAAAAUCCUAUGAAGGAAGACCACUGUUUGUACUCAAGUUAGGUAAAAGAUCACGGCCCUACAAGAAAGCUGUCUGGAUAGACUGUGGGAUUCAUGCAAGAGAGUGGAUUGGCCCUGCCUUUUGCCAGUGGUUUGUGAAAGAA